GGGGCUACAGCCCGCCCCCCGACGCCGAGCUGCGGUGUGAAGCCUCGUCUGUGCAGCUGGUGGUAAAGGGGAUAUAGGAGCAAGCCAAAAAAGACCAGGACCCAGCGCCGUGCCGCUGUGUGCCCACCCCUCGUCUCCCGGCACCAAGGCUGCCGGAGCCCGGGGUGUUUUUUCCUUGUCCUCGCCACUUCCCAGUCCCUGGCCCAACAUGAUACUGACCAAAGCCCAGUACGACGAGAUAGCCCAGUGCCUAGUGUCUGUGCCGCCUACCAGGCAGAGCCUGAGGAAGCUGAAGCAGAGGUUCCCCAGUCAAUCGCAGGCCACUCUGCUGAGCAUCUUCUCCCAGGAGUACCAGAAACAUAUCAAAAGAACACAUGCCAAACAUCAUACUUCAGAGGCGAUCGAAAGUUAUUAUCAGAGGUACCUGAAUGGAGUGGGAAGAAAUGGAGCUGCCCCAGUGCUCCUGGACCUGGCCAAUGAGGUGGACUAUGCACCCUCAUUAAUGGCUCGGAUUAUACUAGAGAGGUUUCUACAAGAGCAUGAAGAAACUCCACCCUCCAAGUCUGUUAUAAAUAGUAUGCUACGGGACCCUUCUCAGAUUCCAGAUGGAGUUCUAGCAAAUCAGGUCUAUCAGUGCAUUGUGAACGACUGCUGUUAUGGACCACUGGUAGACUGCAUCAAACAUGCCAUUGGUCAUGAGCAUGAAGUCCUGCUGAGAGACUUGCUUCUGGAGAAAAGCCUGUCUUUCCUAGAUGAAGAUCAGCUCCGUGCCAAGGGUUAUGACAAAACACCAGACUUUAUUUUACAAGUUCCAGUUGCUGUAGAAGGGCACAUAAUUCACUGGAUUGAAAGCAAAGCCUCAUUUGGUGAUGAAUGUAGCCACCAUGCCUACCUGCAUGACCAGUUCUGGAGCUACUGGAAUAGAUUUGGGCCGGGCUUAGUCAUCUAUUGGUACGGCUUUAUCCAGGAACUGGACUGUAACCGGGAAAGGGGCAUCCUGCUCAAAGCCUGUUUCCCCACGGACAUUGUCACCUUAUGCCAUAGCCUAGCUUGACCCCGAUGGUCCUGGAAGAGAAGCCGGGAGGAAAAGGUGAAUCCGGAAGCAAUUUUACUUUCCUGCAAUGUAAACUCCUGGCACCAUCUGCCCUGAACUUGAGCUGAACUCGGGCUGCCCGUGGCCACGCCACUACCUCUUUAGACAAACAUAUCAAGAGUUUCUGUUUUCCUUCAUCCCUUGCUGAUGUGAACAGCCAAGAACUACAGACACAACCCACUCAUUAUCAGCAUUUCUGUCUCUGUCAAACAGUUAGUUUAUAGAUAGUCAUAAUCUUUCUUCCUUCCGGAUGGUUUCUGCUCAUACUGAACAAAAGAAGAAAUGUGGAGACUUGAAAGGUGUGAUUUUUCAAUUCUCCUCCCAGUUCCCGAACCACCCCCUUAUUUUUUUUCUAAGCCUCUAUUCAUUCUUUCUCCCUCCCCACCUCCCCCCCGAUGUCUUCACAUACUCUCACAGGUCCCCAGUGUUAAAUUACCAUCAUCGAAUAAUCUAGCACAAUCAUACCAGAUUGGAAGACAUGGAGGCUGAAACUGGAUUUCUGCUCUCACCUGCCAGGCUCCAGUAGACCUCGAUGGUAGCCUCUGCUUGUUUUGUCCAGUCUUUACGGUUUCCUGACUUCCCUGGCAUUGAGCCACGCUGAAAAAAUAGACUCGAUGAGAAUUUCCUCUUUUUAUGAUACUUAUUUGAACACCAAAGAUUUUCCAUUUAUCUCAUGUAAAAGUAUUGGUUACAUUGUGUCUGGAAACCACACUCCUUUGGGGACAAAAGGGAGACCAUUGAAGCAUGGUGCCAGCCUGGGCAAAAGUUUAUUUUUAGACACGGCUACUUGUCAGUAUGAAUGGUAGUCAGUAUUUUUAUGCGUACAAUUUUUUAAAAGCACAUUCUGUGCACGGCUUUGUAUCUGCAUUUUAUAUGACAUAAUAAUUACAUAACAAUCAGAUAAUUUAGGUAUUAGAAAUGUUCAGCUUUGAACGAACUAAGUGUACCAGAAAUAAGCCUAGAGAGUUUUCCAAAUAAGCAAAAUAAAAGGGAUUUUGUAUUUGUUUGCUUUUAUCUACUCAGUUUUUACACGGCUAACCAAGUUUUGAUUUAAAGCAAAACAUCAAUAAAUUCAUUAUAAACCUAUCUUUUGGGAGGUUAAAAACUUAUCUAUACCUGAAAAUGUACUUAGAAAAGACUUGUCCCCAUGUUGAAAAUCUAUCAUUCUUUUAUAAUGAACAGAUGAAAUUGGGAAAUAUUAACAAAAAUAGAACUUCUGCAACCACCUCUAAGUUAUAUACAUGGCUUGCUUCUUUCAAAAGAUAAAAUCCACCAUUUGCGCCCUGUUAAUUUUGUACCUAAGGAGGUUUGCAAAUAAGUCUGCCAGCUGCCUUUCCUUUUGAAAGGCAGACGUGUGGAUUUUAACUCUGUAGUGGGUUGCAUUCCACAAAAAAGGAGGAGGAAAAUGAAAUGGGAAGGAGGUCUCUGUGGUAGACUUGUGUGUCAGCGUAAAAUUAUCAUGCAGGUUUUGGGAGUGAAAUAGAAUCAUGUGAAACUACUGUUGUCUUUGCACACGCGUGCACACAAAUGCACACACUUUAACACUGUUGUUAAGAAACAGUUUUCGUGGCAUGCUCUAAACUGCUUUUUUCUUCUUGAGGAACGAAUUACAUUUCAUCUGCACAGAUGUUGAAAAGCCUGUUAAACCCUUGUCAAGGAUUUGUUGGUUUUGCAUUAAACAAAUUUAUGAUGAGGGCGCACAAAUAAAUUUAAAAAACAAGAAGAGGUGCUUGCAUUUCGUAUUCCUGCUUAUACCUGGUGCCCUGACAUAAUGUGUUAUAAGAAGGUACUGGUAUUCUCUGGCAACGCCACCACCUCCUGUUGAUGAACAAGGUCUUAAAAUGUGGCCCUUCAACAUGGGAACAAGACCAGUAAGCCAUACAUAGGAUGAUAAAGUUCUCAAGUUUCAAAACUAAGUUUUUUUCCCACCUGAAACGAAUGUGAUUAUUCUGUCUACCACUCUUCAGCUGGAAGGGUAUAGGGAGACAAGAGUAGUGUUCCCAAAUUGGAAACUCCAAGCCUCCUUGUUCUUUUUCCUUCUAUGGUAGAAAUCUUUAUCUGUGUUAAACCGGUGUGUGUUGUUUACUUGUUUGUUUUUUUAAGACAAUAAAAACGGCCCUGGAAAGUA